AUGCUUAGUGCCAGGGGCACUCAGGACUUUGCUGCGCCUGAGCUCCUCCUGGGCCAGAUGUGGAAUGAGCGUGUGGACAUUUGGGCUUCUGGCCAGUGUUUCUACUUUUUUCUACGCGGCAAGCGGACUCCCUGGCCCUUGGAUGAAGCGAAAAAGGCCUUCCUCAAUGGCCGGCUGCCCGAGGUGGACUGGAGCAUCCUACCACUUCCAGCCCAAGAUGCUUGGCUUCCGGUGGUUAAUGGUUGCGUCAUCAUCCCCGAUGAGCCAGCGAACAGCGCACCUCCUCCACCUCCAGUCAUGGUGGAUUCACUCCUCAAUGCCAUGCAGACCCUUCAAACAGUGGGGAAGGCUCAGACAAGGACUGAAGUUUAUCAGAGCCUUGCUCUGGAUGUGGCAAACCCAGACACCAUUCUGCCCUGUUGGUGUCAGCUUUGCUUGCGGCUUUACAUGCGGCUUUACAGGGACCGAAAAGAAUGCUUCAGAUGCCUUGGAGAGAAGGACAGAAAGCACAGUUGCGGGCUUGGAAAGGUUAGCAAUUACUUGGUGAAACCAGGGGCCAACAAGGCACAACUUAGAGGCGAGUUCUCAAAGCACUUCGAAGGGAGUGCCAGGAUGACGAUGAAGUAUGUAAAAACAUUGGCUGCAUACAGGCAAAGGUAG